GCGUAAUGACACACGGCACACACAAAACGCACAUAAAAACACACAUUUAAGUGAACAGUAACGAAGUGUGCUAUUACGCGCUCAAACCUGUAUAAAACGACGGCAUUUGUUGAAGCUUAGAGAUUAACGCUAGUGUGUUCUAGGGUUUUCUUACACACACUGUCAACUAGUUGUCUUCAUUCUGAACUGAGGACUAGGGUUUCGAGAUUAAAAGAUUAAUCUUGUAUCAAGGUCUUCGAAAUCUAUAGUCGAUCAAAUUCUGAUUCACCGUGACAAUCUGGUAAUGAGCUGAUUAAACAUGGAGCGAUUGAAGAAAUCAAACAGGGUUUCUUGGGCUCCGAGUGUUGAACUUUCUCAGCAGAUAAGCUUGUUUCUACCAGAAGAUUACCCUUCAAAAGUACGUCUGAGUGCUCAAGAUCAAGUUCAUACAAAGGCGCCAUGGACAUUGGAUUCAAAUGAUGUGGACUCUGAUUGUCGUCGCUCUAGGCUUGAAGGCAGUCAUUGCGUGGACCCAUUGAAGGAAAAGAUCUCCCAUAUACCCCAGAUCAAAUGGAAAUGCCCGCCCAAAUUUGUCUUGAAAAACAAAUGGCGAGUGGCUGCUGCUGAAGACAGUAAAGAGGCAGAGGCUCAAAAGCGUAGGGAAAUGAGAGUGCUUGAAUCAGUUUAUACUUGUCAUUCAGCCAUUCCUCCUAGCCCCUCUGCAUCUUUGGAUGUGGAAGAAUGUGAUCAUGAUGGUAACUACAUUCCUCUCAUCCCUGUCUUUCCCGUUGAAGAAGAUGAAGAUGAAGAUGACGCAGCAGACAUGCAGUCGGAUAUUGCAAAACCACCGAACACUCCCCUACAUUUGCAGGACCAAGGUAUGUUUAUAUCUGGAAAUCCUAAUGCACCUGAAUGUAACACCUCUUCUCUAAAGCCAUCUGCCAAUGAAAAACCUGCACUUGAGAUGUUAUCUGGUGUACAAGCUGAUGUAGCUGCUGCCGCUGCCGCCGCGUUAAUUGCUAUCACAAAGAGCAACGAGCAGGGAAACUUGAUUGACACAGAUUUGCUCAUAAAAAUUCUUAGCAACCCAGAAGUGAUGGAGAAAAUGAUUAACGAACAAAAAGCUCCUGCUGAUAACGAAUCUGCAUCCAUCUCUUUGUCAAAGCCAGUGUUACCAUUGGUACCCUUGCCAGUCUCACAACCCAAUGUGGUAAGGAAAUCAAUUAAUGAUCACGGAGGACUUAUUUCCGGAUUAGAACCAGUGUUUUCAUGGCCUAGUCCAAUACCUGAUAUAGGUGUGCUAGCACAAAACUUGCAGCCAGUAUCAAAUGUUAUGAUGCAACCCAGCUUACCCAUGGAGCCGGUUUCACCAGAUUCCGUCUCAGUGUCCUCUUCCUCCGCCAUGACUCCUAAGAGAAUGAUUAAUGAAUAUGUAGCACCAGACAGUGUGGGAAGUGAACCCAUGUCCCGGCCUAUACCAUUAACUCCAGUGUUUUCAUGGUCUAGUCCAAAACCUUAUAUAGGUGUGUUACAGCCAAACUUGCAGCCAUUACCACAUGCUGUGACGCAACCUGACUUACCCAUGGAGCCACUUUCACCGGAUGCUGGUUCGGUAUCCUCUUCCUCAGCCAUGACUAUUAAGAGAUUGAUUAAUGAAUAUGGAGCACUUGGCACUGCACGAAGUGAACCCAUGUCUCAGUCAAUACCAUUUACUUCAGUGUUUUCAUUGGUUAGUCCAAAACCUGAUAUAGGUAUGUUACCGCCAAACUUGCAGCCGUUACCAAAUGCUGUGAUGCAGCCUGACUUACCCAUGGAGCCACUUUCACCGGAUCCUGGUUCGGUAUCCCCUUCCUUAGCCAUGACUAUUAAGAGAAUGAUUAAUGAAUAUGGAGCACCAAUAAGUGAAUCCAUGUCAAAAUCAAUCCCAUUAACUCCAGUGUUUUCAUUACAUAGUCCAAAACCUGAUAUGGGUGUGUUACCGCCAAACUUGCAGCCAUUCCCAAAUGCUGUGAUGCAACCUGACUUACCCAUGGAGCCACUUUCACCGAAUGCUGAUUCGGUAUCCUCUUCGUCAUUCAUGACUAUUAAGAGAAUGAUUAAUGGAUACGGAGCACCUGUCAGUGCAAGUGAACCCAAGAAUGAGUUGAUGUCACCAACCCCAGUGGCUUCGUUGUCUAGUCCAAGACCUGAUUUUGGUGUGUUUUCCAUGACAAACUUGCACCCAAUGCUCGGGACCAUUCCAAGAUUCUCAAACAUGGCUGCCCCUCUAAUGAAGGACGCGAAUUACUACAAAACCCUUGUUAAGCAACAUGGAGAAAAGCAUGAAACUCAAUUUGGCAAGCCACACAGUCAUGUACAAGAACAUAAACAGGCACAGCACUUUAAACCAAUAAAAACCAACGAAAAGAAUCAGAAGCCUUGCAUGUACUUUAACAGCUCAAAGGGGUGUCGAAAUGGCUCCAAAUGCUGGUACGAGCAUGUCAUGCCGAAUAAGUCACGGCCUGGCAGCGUACUGGAGGCUCCAAUUGCAAAGAAAAUGAAACUAGGCAAGGAAAUUAGUGGAAAUACAUAAUGAAGUGGUUGCCAUAGCUCCUUGAGUAAGACUCUUGGGAACUGGAUAUUGUCAAAGUAUGCGGUUGUUUGUGGUUUGUUCUCUCUGUAGAAUAGUUUCUUGAGACUUUUUCAAGGUUUUGAAGUGUUCAUAUUCUGGGAAUAGAGUUUUAGAGAAAUAUGAGAACUUUGGUUUAUGGACGUUGCAAACAUUGCAUAUGAUGGUUUGGUGCAAUAAGCUGUUGUAUUGGUCGACAUUGGACCUUGGCACGUAUUUACGUACCCUGACAGAACUUGAACAGAAAGUGAUCACAAUCUGUUAUAAUUUAAUUAUCAAUCUGCAUGGCCGAUAAUGACUGAAUUCUAUUAAUAACCUUAUUAUAUAAGAUUCAGUAGCUAACAUGCAUAAAUAUUCAAUAGUAACUGUUAAAUUCAAUUAAGCAAAUACACUGCAUUUAACCAUCAUACAUCUCAACUUCUCAAGAAAUAUAGAAUUCACAAAAUCAAAAACAAUUUUUAGUGGCUUUACUGAGCAGAAAUAAAUGAAUUUAUACCCGAUCUUUUUCUAACCGCAUACCAUUCAAUAACCCAAUUCGCUAAGAAAAAUAGUAAAGUUAAAUACAUUUUGAUACUUGCAAAUAGUGUAUAUAUAUAAUUAGAUAAUAUAUUUCUUAUGCCAUUUAGAAUUAUUAUUAGAUUAGAUCACCUAUAAUUCAUACCUUAUAAAGAAGGUCACCAACUACCACUCUUGGUUGGUGGUGAUUUCUGACUUUUUAAUCCAUAUAAUUGGUAUCACGAUAUCAUUUAAUUUCAAACCAGACAGCAAAUUAAAAUAAUCAGCACUCAGUCCCAUCGAAAUGAGUAAAAGAAAAAGUUCUGAAACAAUGGAAUCAUAUCGUGCACGUAGGCCACAGUCGGUCCUGAAGAAUAACAGCAGAGAAAACACCACCUUUAAGCAUUGGCUAUAGGCACUAUUACAGCAAGGUUAUUUUGCAUAAUCAGACACGAAAAUUUCAUAUCAGUAAAAUGCUGGCAUCAAUAAAUCCCAUAAAAGAUUGUUGAUCACUAAUCAAGCUGUUCUCAUGAUGAUGUGAACUCCACUGUCAGUAUCCACAA